AUAAGUAACACCAACCCGUCCUUCCGCUGCCCCUACUCUGCUGUGCUGUGCUCCCAAGAAAGAGAAAGAGCAGCAAAACAGAGUAAAAGUUGAGCGUUAGUUUUCUCCCUGAGCAAUGGCGGAGGUGGCGACCAACGGAUCGGAGGUACCCGCGGCAGUUCCGGCGGCGACGGCGGCGGCGGUGUUCACAGGGCUGAAGGUGCAGGUGACGGUGCCGGCGGGGCGAGCAGAGGAGGCGGUGGCGUUCUACAAGGCGGCAUUUGCGGCGGAGGAGGUGGCCCGCUCCACACACCCGAAGCGCAAGGGUGAGGGCGAGCAGCCGGCGCUGCUCUGCGCGGAGCUGAAGGUCGGGGCGGCCACGCUCCUCGUCUGCGACCAGGCUGGCGACGACGUCCCCGCCGUGGGCAAAGAGGGAGCCGUCGCGAGUGGGCUCGUGCUGCGGCUGGAGACCGACGACGUGAACGGGGCUGCGGCACAGGCGGCUGCCGCUGGCGCGGCGCUGCUGGGGGAGGUCACCGAGGACUGCUGCGGGCUUGGCGCCACCCUCGUCGACACCUUCGGCGUCACCUGGGUCCUAGCCCCUGCCACCUCCGCCAAGAAGUGCGCCUAGGGGCCACGGCCGCCACCGGACCAUGAUUUCAGUCUUGGUCGCGGUGAUGGUCGUCGUUUAACUCGUGGCCAGGAGCGAGAAUAAACAUGUGGACUCAUUGCAUGGUAGUAUAGUAGUUAACCGUUGUAGUAGUGGUCGCUGAAUGCUGAUCUGAUGGUUGUUAAAUUUCUGCAUGUUUUAAGUCUUGGUCUGUAGUCUGAACAUUGAUGUGGCCAAUUGAUGGGAAUUUGGAACUUGGAUA